GGACAGGAUGGGGUUUACAGUAUCUAUUUUAUAUUGGCCUAUCUGAAAUCUAUGUGCUAGAAAACUAUCAUACUAACUGCAUGACUAGCAAUGUGUAUGUCUUGGAUAGAUAACUCUAUUAGGUUUAAAAAGCCACAUUUAAACUAAAGAAAAAUAUAUCUGUUGCAUUUAUUAUUUUAAUUACCUUAAUGCAAGUAAUCUUGUGUAAAUGCAGUAUUAAAAACUGAGGUUUGUUCUAAUAUUGCAUAUGCAUGUUUGUUCAGUCAGUUGACUUACUGAAGUUUAUUCUGUUUGUCUUAUACAGCAGCAGACUGAGGAGGAUGUUCAUCAGCAUGAAAGACCCCAAUAUUUACCAUCAUAGAGAAGAGCUGGCGUAUCUGCUCAUCAGUUGUGCAAUAACAUGUCGUCCACUGAGGCUGUCAGGGAGUUCCAAGCUAAAGAGCACAACUUCAAAAACAAGCUGAGGAAUCGAUUGGCAAAAGCUCUGUCAGAAGAUCUGCAAUGGUUGCUGCAAGAGGAGCAGGAGACUGAUGUCACUCUGUGUUUGGGCUCUACUGUUCGACUGAAGGCCCACAGGGCGGUGCUGCUGGCCCGAGCUCCUCACCUCCUGGAUGGAGCUGAGUCAUCUACACCUGUCAUCCACCUGCAGAACAUUGAGCCUGCUGCCCUAAAGGACAUUUUGCAGAAAGCGUAUACAGAUGGCAAGUGCCUUGGGAAUAAGAAAUGCAGCAUCUUAACUUCACACAAUGGCCACUCUUCAGUGGAAAAUGGCACUGCUAUAGGCAGUCAUGAGGUCGACUCUCAGGGCAGUUCAGAACCAGAACAUUUAGAACCAGCUUCUGGGCUUGGGGCAGACCUUUUGGCUCUUUAUAGGAGAGGUGACAUGUCUGACAUCAGUAUCCAGGUGGCAGAUAGAGUUUUUUCAACACACAGGGCCAUUCUGUGUGCACGCUCACAGUAUUUCCGAGCGAUGUUGUGUGGUAGUUGGAUGGAGAGCUUGCGUCAGUGUAUCACUCUGCAGGGCCUGGGUCCAGAAGAGAUGGAGAUUUUGCUCUACUUCAUGUAUGGUGCCGUUCUAGAUUUUCCUCCAGGAACCAAUGUCAGUCAGGUUGUUUUAGCAGCGGAUAUGCUGGGCCUAGAGGGACUUAAAGAUGUGGCUGAGAUGGUCCUGACUCGGGACUACUGUAAAUUUUUCCCUAAGCCUGUUGAUAAAAUUCAGAAGUCCAUACUGGAGUGCCUUGCCAUUACACAUUCUAUAGGCCUGCACAAUCUCCACCAAUCCUGUGUGAGAUGGGCAGCUGAACAUUUUGUGAGGUGCUGGUCAGAGAGGAAUUUUGCCCUCCUCCCCCCAGAGCUACAGAGAGAUUGCUUCAACACUGUCAUUCAAAACAUGUCUGUACAGAGUGUAGUAUCAGUGCUGUGUGGCAGCGAGCAGCUGAUUGAUAGCCUGCCAGAAGUGAAAUGGGCAAAGCAGGUGCUAGGUCUGGUCAAUGAACUGCAAAAAGAGUGCCUGCACAUGAUUGUCACACACCUGCCUCGGGUCACACGCACCACUGCCUUCCACAAUCUCAGACGGAGAGAAGAGUUUACACGUGACCCCACUCUACUCAGGAAGGUGUGUGUAGCCGUGCGGGAGGGCAUUACUGUGGAGAACUGCUGUGACCUCUUUACUGCUGUUGAUCGGCUAUGUGGUGACCCAGCAGAGGUAGACAUUAUUGCUGAUGACAAAGCCAGUCUGGAGGAAGAAGAGCCAUUCAGGCAUGAGCUGUGUUUGUUACGCACGAGGCUCUGGACCUUUCUGCUUCAAUCCUUCUUUGCAGUGCGACACACAAAAGGAUGGGACUCCCUGCAACCCAGAUAUCAAGAAAAAUUACUAGCAGCUACUCUUGAUAAAGGCGAAUGUAAAAGACCUGGGAAGAAACCUGUGCUCAGCAGCUCUCAGAAGUCUGCAAAAUGCCUCUCUGGCUCUUCAUCUGCAUGUGAUAGUCCUACUCCCAUUAAGGUAUCACAAGGUCCACAGGGUUCCCUGGCAAGACUUGUAGGCGCAGGAUCAGGCACCAUGAAGUCUGAUGCUUUUGGGCUCACAGCUCACACAGCUCCUGGUGGAAAAACAAAAGCUAGCAACAACAUCUCAGUCCAAAGCAGGAAUGAUAAAGUUAAGCCAGUCCACACAGCAGCUAAAACCAGGACUACAUCGUCUGUUAAACCAGUUUUGAAUGGCACUGGUGGUUCAGGCUCUCAGCGGGAAAAUCCUCCUGCUUUAGGUGCCCGUGGUCCACCUAUAGGAAAGGGGGUGCUGGACAGGAAGCCCAAUCCAGGGGCAAGGCCAAAAUCUUCCCCUGCUGGGACUGAUUUUGUGGCAAGUCAGACUAAAGCAAGAAAAUCUCAGAACACGAUGUCAGUUGAAGAUCUGCCUCUGGAACCAGCCGUUGAUAGCACCAGCAAUACCCAGCCUGCCCCGAAUAACUCUGGUAGCACUUCACCAGACAACAGCACUGGGACUCCUUGCAACAAUGGCCACAGUACAAUCACAGGUCUCAGGUCAAAGCCUCAAUCCAGGGUAACAUCAAAAUCCACUUUAACCAAACCUGCUCAGAAACCAGAUAUAGCCAAGACUAACAGCCCCACAAAUAAAGCAAACAAGGCAAAACCCACCACAACCAACCAAGCAGGACCUGGAAUAUCUGCAGCUCGCUCGGAUCCAAAGAGGAGCACAGUCUCAGGGCUUGCAGAGAUCCAUGCUGUUUCAUCCAGAGCUAGCUCCGCCGUUAGUUCCAGAAAGCCAGCCGUCCCCAGAAAGGAGGUAGAGAAAGAUGUAUCCAAACCAUUAACGACUAAGAAGACAACAAAAGCCAUCCCUGAAUUAAAGUCCAGCCUCAAAACUUCUACUUUGAAGCAGUCAUCCCCAGUACUGAAUAAGACAGGAUCCAAACCAAAAGCUCCAGAAACGCCUGCAACAAAAUCAUCUCUAAAAUCUUCUGGAGCUGUCAAAAACACAACUACUUCAGCUGGUGCUAAAAAGAAAGAUUCAGCAUCUAGCCCUAAACUCUCAGAAAAGAAAAAGGUUGCUCGGCAUCCAACUUCUAUUGAAGGUAAGACAAGAAAACAGGUUGUGGCAAGUUCGACAGUUUCUAUAUCUUUGAAGCAUCAGACACUUGUCAGCCCAGCUGUGUUAGACCAGUCAAAAACAGUGCAGGAAGCUGCCCCUAAUGAUGCAUCAGCCAUAUCCACAAAGAUUCAUGAUUUGGAUAAAAGCAGUCAUCCACCGAGUAUACUAAGCAGCAAAGAGGUGAAGACUCGGUCAGUAAACCCAGAAAUGCAAAACUCUGUAAAUACAAAUAUGUCAGGCCAUUUCAAUCCUCCCCAUCUCUCUGGGCCCCAAAGGCACCAUUCCACGAACUCUUCAAAAGAAUCAGACCAUCCUCAUGAUACACCCUGCAGUCUAGGCAGUGAGGAGACUCCCCUAGAGGAAUUGUCAAAUGGGCUUCAUACUCAGAUUAGCCCCGAGUCUGAAACUGGCAGUGCUACCACAUCGUCUGAUGACAUAAAGCCACGGUCAGAAGAUUAUGAUGCAGGUGGCUCGCAAGAUGACGACUACUGCUCCCAUGAACGUGGCGUUUCGAAAUGCGGGACCAUACGCUGCCCUGAUUUCCUGGGUCGUAGCAGUAGUGACACAAGCACACCUGAGGAGCUUAAGUUGUAUGAGAACGGGACUGCACUACGUGUGGAGGUGCAGCUCAGAGGACACGAUGCAGAGACUACAAGUGAGGAGGAGGCAGGACGUCAGAGACCACAAUCAUGGAUAAGAAAGGAUGAGGUGCCAGGGGAAGAGAAACUUUGCAAAACUGAUGCUACGGUAAAAAACAUGAAGGAUGUCCAGGACCACCAGCUUUUCUCCUCAGAGGAAGAGGAGGAGACUGAAGAUGAAAGGUCUGAGAUCGAGGUUGUGCCUGGAGAAAUGUCUGCCCCACUUUCAGAACCUUUUCCACAAUUUCAAGGUAUAGUCAACCUGGCAUUUGAAGAUGCUGUGGACCAGGAGAAUAAGCAACCUGAAUACCAAUCAUCUAACUUCCACCGUUCUGUUUUGCUCUCUGUGGAUGAAUGUGAGGAGCUUAGAUGUGAAGAGGGAGGUGCCCUGACUCAACCUCACCAGUCAGAUGACACACACGGUGAUGUCUUUGACAGUGAACCACAGAACUUUCAGAAUGACUGCUCAUCCCAGCAUUUCACAAGCACAGCGAAGAGCCAUCAAGAAAACGGAAAAGAGUCCAAAUCUGCUGUGUUACUGACAGAAGUCGGGGAUUCUCUACAGGAGGAUUGUGCAUAUAAUCAAUCAGCUGCCCCUGUGCUAGACAGAAACACCUGUGACCUACCUGCACAGGAGCGCCCCAGUCACCUAAACCUGUGGCAGGCAGAACAGUAUGGCAAUCCGCAGGCCAAGCAUAUAGACAGCAAAAAAGCCGACUUGCAGCUAGAUUUACCUGAGCCACAGCUGACUGCGAGCUCACUUGCACACUCUCCAGCAGGGGACUUAGAUGGUUGUGAGACAAAGGAUCAAACCUGCACACAUGACCGACAGCCGUCUAAAGCCCUGUCCCCUAUUUAUGAGAUGGAUGUGGUUGAAGACCUUGAACAAAGCAUGGAUGUGGACAGGAAAAAUGACCCGCUGCGGGAGGAGUCACAUCAGGAUGGUAACGAUGUAGAAACGGACGAGGUUCAAGAGGAAGAAAAGAGUGAAGACAGCGAGUUUGCAGAGAGAGACUGGAGUCUGCUUCGACAGUUGCUGUCUGACCAAGAGUCACAUCUGGGCAUCAUAAACUCAGUUCCAGAGGAUUUAAACCUCGCACAGUACUUGAUAAAGCAGACACUGUCCCUGUCUCGAGAUUGCUUGAAUGAAAAGGACUACUUAUAUAACGAGAGGGAAACGUUUAAGCGCUGGGCUGAGCUUAUUUCUCCAUUGGAGGACUCAACCACCAGCAUCACUGUGACCAGCUUCUCGCCUGAAGAUGCUGCUUCUCCACAGGGUGAGUGGACCAUUGUGGAGCUGGAGACACAUCACUGACAGCAACAGCUGUUCAGGGUCUCCUGGUCCGAAUUACAGGCAACAUUCUGUGGACUGCUUGGAUGGGGCAGUAUACCUUCUUUUAUGCUUCUUAUUUUGAGGGGUGGGGGUUUAACCUAAGUGACUGAAGUUGUCAUUUUGUUCUCAUGAAAUGGUACUAUAUACGGUACUAAGACUGGACUACAAUAACCUCAGUGCAGUUGCUUUGCAUGUGAGAAAUUUUCUAAAUUCUAUUGUUUACUUUGAUGCGUGUUGCUUGAUCAAUUGUAGAAUACUAAAAUGCAUUUUCUUGUUGCUCUUUAUGUCUCUCAGUGAUGAAGCUUCUAAAAUAUUUUGAACAGAAUGUAGAGUAUGUAAAUGGUUUUGAUUUAUUCAAUUACUGUGUUUAAAACAAAUAAAUGCUGUGUUUAUCUAUAUUAAAGCUCUUUUCAGUGUCACUCUGUCUCAACCUUU